UUGUUGACGCUGUUAUGUUGGGCGUGAAGUAUCUUCAAUCACACUUCACACACACUUGAAUUAAAUAUCGAACUACAGCGAUAUUAUAAUUUCAACGAAGGAUUCCUCUUUUUUCUAGGGUUUUAUUUGCUCUCUGCUGUCUUCAGUCAACAUGGGAAGCUGCUUAACUGUAGGGCCAAAUGAAGCGUUGGUGGUCUCUGGUGGUUGUUGUGGCUCUGAUGAAAAGACCUACAUCGUGGGAGGCUGGUCGUGGGCUUGGUGGCUUAUUUCAAACGCCCAAAGGUUAAGUUUAGAGAUCAUGACUCUGCAGCCCAGAUGUGAGGACGUUGAGACUGCAGAAGGAGUAGCCAUCACUGUCACAGGGGUGGCCCAAGUGAAAGUAAUGACAGAACAGGACUUACUGGCUGUGGCUUGUGAGCAGUUUCUAGGCAAAUCAAUAAUGGAAAUCAAAUCUGUGCUUCUGCAGACUUUGGAGGGUCAUCUGCGCUCCAUUCUAGGUACAUUGACUGUGGAGCAGAUUUAUCAGGACAGGGACCAGUUUGCUAAACUUGUGAGAGAUGUUGCAGCUCCUGAUGUGGGCAGGAUGGGGAUUGAGAUUCUAAGCUUUACUAUCAAGGAUGUGUAUGAUAAACUGGAUUACCUGAGCUCUCUCGGGAAGACCCAGAUUGCUGCUGUUCAAAGGGAUGCAGAUAUUGGUGUGGCUGAAGCAGAAAGGGAUGCUGGGAUACGAGAGGCAGAGUGUAAGAAGGAGAUGAUGGAUGUCAAAUUUUUGGCUGACACCAAGAUGGCUGACUCCAAACGGGAGCUGGAGCUGCAGAAAGCUUCCUUUAACCAAGAAAUCAACACUAAGAAAGCAGAGUCCCAGCUAGCCUAUGAGCUUCAGGCGGCAAAGGAGCAACAAAAGAUCAGGCUGGAGGAAAUUGAGAUCCAAGUCGUGCAGAGGAAGAAGGAGAUCACCAUUGAGGAGAAAGAGAUUGACCGCACAGAAAAAGAACUCAUUGCUGUUGUCAAGAGACCAGCUGAGGCCGAGGCCUACAAAAUGCAGCAACUGGCUGAAGGGCACAAGAUGAAGACAGUGCUUAUAGCCCAAGCUGAGGCAGAGAAGAUCAAGAAGAUUGGUGAGGCAGAGGCGUCAUCAAUCGAAGCAGUUGGAAAAGCGGAGGCUGAAAAGAUGAGGCUGAAAGCUGAGGCCUACCAGCAGUAUGGAGAAGCAGCAAAGACUGCCCUAGUCCUCGAGGCCCUGCCCAAGAUUGCUUCAAAGGUGGCUGCACCAUUAGCCAAAACAAAUGAGAUAGUCAUUCUCAGCGGGGAAAGCAACCGUGUGACGGGUGAAGUGAACCGCCUUUUGGCUGAACUUCCUGUGUCCGUAAAUGCUCUCACUGGAGUUGAUUUGUCAAAGAUUCCUUUGCUGCAGAAGAUGGCAACUUCUUAAGCCUAUGAAUUGAAGACAUCACAUGACUCCAGUCUUUGUUGUAUGCACUCUCAUAGACUGCCUUUGAUACACUUGAAGAUUUUUUGUUAUUUUAUAUGUAUACUCUGUAUACUAAUUAAUUCUGGAAACCUCUGGUGCCUUACUUUAUACAGGACCAGAAAAUCUGCAUGCACUGCUGCUCAUUCAAAGAUGCGUUUUUAGUUUGAACAUGGGAUUAUUUUGUGUUUCGUUAUUGUUGUAUAUGAAAUUUAUUUAAUGGUCUCUUUGUAUGUUAUGUCAUCAAAGAGGAGAGCCAAGUAUAGACAAGUAUAAUGGUUAGAAACCUGCUUAUUCUCACCCAGGGUAUAUUCAUUAUACUUAAAAUGUGAAAACAAAUAUUUUUGGAUAUUUAUACCGUUGGGCUCUGCUUUUUCAUACAAAAAGACCACUGUUGUCACUGUGUGAAGUCUGUAAGUUGCAGGCCCUUGUUUUAAUUUAAAUACCUCACUCUUAUGAGAUCCUUCUGCAUUACUUAUAUAAACAUAUUUAUUUUCUUUUUUUGUGUGUAGAAAGUUUAUAUUGUUGUACAUAUUGUAAUUUUUAGUCAGAUGUUGCUUCACAACUCAGUAGCUAACAUUUCAUUGUAACAAAGGUGCUUGUAAUCUUAAAGGCUUCACCACAUGUCUUUCCCAUCUACAGAAUUUUAUCUCCUUCCCUCUGAAAAAAAAAUUGUCAGUCUCUUGAUAUCAAGCAGUUUGCAUUUCUUUAUUUAUAUAAGAAAACGGGUAGUAAAUUGAUCCUGUGCUGACAUGAUUAGCUUGUCAUGUGGUGCUUUAAGAGUUUGGAUUUUAAAGUAAAAUGUUGAAUGUUUUGGGUUUGAAAUAAUAAAAAAAAAAGAUUAAAAAAGAAAUAGGAAUUUAUAAAACAAAAGAGAGAGAGAGAGAGAGAUCAAUGUGGCUAGAUGGAUGAAAAUUUGGAAAAUGAAAGGUCAGAGAUGCCAAAUAGACUGUAAUUUUUUACUGUAUCACAACGAGGGACUUUACAAUUUAUCUGACGCCAAUCUUUCAUUUUCUGCUACAGUUAUCUGUAGAUGCAAAGCCAUGUUCAACAAACCAAAUUUAUCAUAUUCUAGAGAAAAUAUACUUUUCUGUUUGAUCUAUGUAUAUAUUAGCGGGAUUUCUUUAAAUGACAAAUAUACGGUGAUGUUUUAGCAUACUAAUUUAUCAGACAAUGUUAUAUUAUUUAAAACACUAAAUACUGUUAUGUGUAAUAGUGACAUGUCCUUUGUUAUUUUGGAGACAGCGCUGCUGUACAGAAUCCAUCCAUUUCCUGAGUUCAGUAGCUUGACCCCUUCCAUGUGAUAUAUCUCCUACAGACGUGACGUUAAAGUUGAGCAUCAUCUCUGAUGAAAAUUAAACAAAAAAUGCGGUGGUAGUUUUGUGUAUGAAUUAUGAAACAUACUGACAAGACUCGCAGAAGACUGUAACUGUUAGUCUUUUUUGUGUCAGAUCACUCAUUUUAAAUUCCUGUGUAAACUGACAUGGCCACGAGUAGCUUCUUUUCUUUCUUUGUUUUUUUCUUUUUUGCAUGUCAUCCUCAGUAUGCAGAACUGUGUACUUACUCUUAACUGUCAUUCUAAUAAAUUAAAAUGUAAAAAUUU